UUAACAUACACACAGUCGUAUUUUUCAGCAGGAGAAUUAUUGUCCGCUUUGGGGUCCUAAAUGUCAAAACAAUCGAAAUGGCGGCGUCUGUAAGAUGGAGUCUGUUGCGCUUCAUGCGGUCACAUCAUUUGAGAUUGCCUGUAAAUGACAGAAAUCAGUGCUAUUCAAUGUGGGCUGCCCACAGAAUACGGUCCCAACAGUAUGAAUGCAAACCAUUCUCAGUGCGAAACCUUUCCGUUUUAACUCAAGACACACCAAACCCCAGAAGUCUAAAGUUUCUUCCCGGUAAACCUGUGCUGGGGAUGGGGACUCGAGAUUUCCCAGCAUCAAACUCAGCAGAGGGUUCCCCUUUAGCCAAGGAUCUUUUCCAAAUUGAAGGCAUAAAAAGUGUCUUUUAUGGCCCAGAUUUCAUCACAUUGACUAAGACAGACGAUGAUGUUGAAUGGACAGACAUUAAGCGACAUGCGAUUGAGGUCAUUACGAAGUUCUUUGAGAGUGGAGAGGCCAUCACAACGGGAGCAACACACGCUGAGAGCAGUGUUACAGAAGAUGAUGAUGAAAUUGUCUUAAUGAUAAAGGAACUUUUAGACACACGGAUCAGACCCACAGUUCAGGAGGAUGGUGGCGACGUCAUAUUCAAAGGCUUUGAGGAUGGCACAGUGAAGCUGAAGCUGGUUGGCUCCUGCACAGGCUGUCCCAGCUCCACAGUUACCCUAAAAAAUGGCAUCCAGAACAUGCUGCAGUUUUAUAUACCCGAGGUGGACAAGGUAGAACAGGUCGAGGAUGAAGUGGAUGAGAUCAACAGGAAGGUGUUUACAGAACUGGACAAGAAACUGCAAGACUCAUAGCAUGAGAUCCAGCUCUGCUGUACACAAUUCAAUUUGCUAUUGUUGUGUCAUAAUUCUAGUGGGAUUCACACACUCCAUAAGGAUGCUGUAUAUUUAAGUUGCAGAAUCUAGAAUAUAGCGUAAUAUUUAACCAAGCUCAAUGUUGUAAGUUGUUCUGUUUCUAAUAUAACAGUGCAAUAUUGUGAUUGCAAGUGCACUCACUGAGUUACAAGGAUUCUUAACAGGUUUGUUACUUGUCUGACAGAAAAGGUUAAAUUGAAGAUGGUUGCUUUUAAUUACAAUGCUUAUUGAACACUGCGAUUUCACCUAGACGUCUGGUGAGUGCAGUAAUUAAGUUGGAGUUCUUUUAUAGCAUGAAUACAAUGCUGUGAUCCUGAUACAUUCUUAAACCUGAAAUGAGCACUUGAAGGAAUGCGGAUCUUCCACAGCUCUAAGAGUCCUUGAGAAUGUGGUCAGUUGUGAAAGUCUGUAUUCAUGAUCAUCUACAGCUGCCAUCCAGCAGUUCUGGAGGACCUAUAAUGAAAUAAAACAGUUGUGUUU